CUUUCUCAGAGUUUGAAUACAAAAAUUGGCCAUAGUAGCCUGAAGCGCUAACUGAAACGAAUUUACGGAAAUUGACGCAACUGCCCGGUCCUUUUAAUUGCCGGGUGGUGUGUGCUCACAUUUCUUUCACGUUUCAGUAGUGAUAUCAUACCUUUUCUGCCCAUGUCAACAUUCAUUCGUACAUCGUUACAUUUACUAGGCUCUGUCUCCAAUUUGUGGGCAUUGUAUAACGUUAACCGCAUUGUGAAUCCAUACGCUAAUGGGUUUGGCGGUCACUUCCAGUACCUGACCAUUCUAGGCCUGACAGUUGCCACAAUAUCAUUCUUGCUAUGUCUAAUUCGAGACUUCAUCCCAGGCUUCCUCAACAAAGUACACAGUGUCAUCGGUAGCAUUGCUGUCCCGUUGGAAGGCCUUAUUUCAGUUCUCUACUGGGGAAUGAUUUUCCUCGACCCAAAGCUCUUGAUUCCUGCGGAUGCCCCCAAAAUCCCAGUUUUCGUUGACUGCUGUCUGCAUUUGUUCCCGGCGUUGUUCCUAUGGAUUGACUUCUUGUUCUUCAACGUAGAGUUCAAACGCUCAAGUAGUCAUGUUGUCAACAUUUACCUUUUUACCAUUGCUUACUAUGUUUGGACUUCGUACUGCUACUCUAAGAACAAAUACUAUGCAUACCCUUUCCUUGCGGAUAUGACAACAAAUGGUAGACUUAUGUUUUUUGCCGUCAGUGGUACUGUAUGCUGGGUGAUGUAUGAGCUCGGUGCAUAUAUUCAUAAAUCACUUCAUGGUCAAUUGUCAACGAAGGAUGGCAAGAAGAAACAGUAGUUUAUUACCAUCUGAGAGAGAUGUAAUUCUAUAAUUUGUAACCACAGAAUUAAAAAGAGUUUUUUGAAUAUAGUUAGAGCAGUAGGAUGCCUGGCGUCAAGAAUUAUUUCGUUAAGGCUGGAAAACUGCAUGCGGCCAU